ACUGGGAGAGACUGGGAGAAUGCUCAGUUUUAACUAUGUUUUUUGGGUAAAGCUGUUGUUUUGUUUUAAUGUUUUAAAGUAAAAGUAGUGCAUGCAUUUAGGUUCCGAAACUAUUUUCAACAUAACUUUUGUAGAAUGUGGUAUGUAAUUCUGAUUCAGGCACUCUUGCACAAUCUUUACGUUUAAUCAAACGGCACAUAUGCUAUUAUCUCAACUGUUUGGUGAGAACUGGAGUAGCUGAUAGCAUGCCGCAUUGAUGAUCAUGCAAUUUAUCUAUAAAGGGUAUUAGAUAUGGCAGUCAGAACUGUAUUUUGAGAUAAUAUCGUUGCUUGAUGAUGCAUGUUGAUUAUUGGGUUACAGUUAUUCAAUAAAUGAAGAGAGAAAAUGACAAAUCAUUGCAUUUACUUCAUUGGGGAUAUUAUUUGGUUGUGGGUAAUUGCACAUACAAACAAGCAGAAUUCUUAGUUACAUUGCAUAUAUGAUUUUGGGAGUGGUGGGACGUUCAUAGCGGUGGGAAGUCAUUUGGGGUGGGUGCUGCGAUGUUUUAUUUAAAAAAUAUAAUAAAAUAUGGAACAAAGACUUUUCCUGCGCUACAGACUGCAAUACCUAUGGGUCAUGCACUGACCAAUGAGAGGUUUUACAUGUGUGUAUGCACGAUAUACCUAGCUAUGAAUCAUUAUUCAAGAAACUAUCAAAUACAAAAUGUUUUCAACAAUGACCCUUAUAUUCAAAGAAAUGUUAUGGAAAAAAAAUCUCCAUGUGGGUUUGACUAAUGCUUUAUCACCUGCUGUAUGGAGAUUAUCCCAUGCACCUCUUUUCUUUCAGAAUGAAAAACGAAAACCUUGGCAUCAGUAUGAAAACAUUUCAAGGCUUCUAUAGCUGCUCAAGAACCAGAAGAAAGACAGGAUGUGGGUGACCGUCGUAGCUCUGUGCCUGCUGGCCAUUGUGGCCUCUGGAGAAGACAGGAAGAAGCUGAGCAGCCAUGCCACCACCAUGGCUGACCAGAGCGCCAACCUGGCCUUCAGACUCUACCACACGGUGGCCAAGGAGAAGGGCCUUGACAACAUCCUGAUAUCCCCUGUGGUGGUGGCCUCCUCCCUGGGCAUGGUGGCCCUCGGGGGCAAGGCUUCCACCGCCUCCCAGGUCAAGUCUGUCCUCAGUGCUGACGCCCUGAAGGAUGAGCACCUGCACACAGGCCUGUCAGAGCUCCUGAAUGAGGUCAGCUACUCCAAGACCCGUAAUGUCACAUGGAAGAUCAGCAACCGCCUCUACGGCCCCAGCUCGGUCACCUUUGCCGAUGACUUUGUGAAGAGCAGCAAGAAGCACUACAACUAUGACCAUUCAAAGAUCAACCUCAGGGACAAGCGGAGCGCAGUGAACUCCAUCAACGAAUGGGCGGCCAAGUCGACAAACGGCAAGCUGCCUGAGAUCACCAUGGAUGUGCAGAAUGCUGAUGGAGCCAUGAUCGCCAACGCUAUGUUCUUCAAGCCUCACUGGGAUGAGAAGUUCCAUGAGAAGAUGGUAGACAACCGUGGCUUCCUGGUGACCCGUUCAUUCACAGUCUCUGUUCCCAUGAUGCAUCGCACUGGUCUCUAUAAGUUCCAUGAUGACACAGAGAACAGGUUGUUUGUGCUGGACAUGCCCCUGGGCCAGAAGCAGUCCAGCCUGGUGUUCAUCAUGCCCUACCACCUGGAGCCCCUGGAUAGGCUGGAGAAGCUGCUGACCCGCAAGCAGCUGGAAACCUGGAUGGGCAAGAUGGAGGAGAGGGCCGUGGCCAUCUCUCUGCCCAAAGUCAGUGUAGAAGUUAGCCACAACCUCCAGAAAACUCUUGGUGAGCUUGGUCUGACUGAAGCUGUGGACAAAACCAAGGCUGAUUUUUCCAACAUCUCUGGCAAGAAGGACCUGUACCUCUCCAAUGUGUUCCACGCCUCUGCCAUGGAGUGGGACAUUGAGGGGAACCCUUCUGACACCAGCAUCUUCAGAAGCGAGAAGCUGAGAAACCCCAAGUUAUUCUACGCUGACCAUCCCUUCAUCUUCCUGGUGAAGGACAACAAGACCAACUCCAUCCUCUUCAUCGGCAGAAUGGUGCGACCCAAAGGAGACACGAUGCGUGAUGAGUUAUAAUAGUUAAUGGAUGUGAGUUACGGUUUACUGAUUGAAUCAUGCCAGGAAAUGGUAUGUGUAUCAUGGUAUCACUGUUACCUCAAGAACACAUUCCAACAGGUAACCUGUGGACUGAAUAGCUAGGCCUACUAAUGUAUCACAGACACAUUAAGCACUCCCAGGGAACAGGAGUGUAUACGUUUGAAUGAAUGCUGUUUGGCCAUUGCAAUGUGCCAUAAUGAAUAACAUUGUUAAAGUCUGCAUUUCAACACAUUUCAGGAAAUAGCCAAACACCAUAAGUGCCUUUAUAGAGUACCUGAACAUUGAAUAGCAGAUGACCUGACAGCAUGCUUAUAUUAAUUAGCUAUGAUCUCUCAGAUUUCUGCCUUCCAUAAAAUCAGACAUAUUCCACCAUUAUUUUCACCAGUAUGGGUUUGGCUUCUCUCUUAUUUUGAGUUUGUGAUCUGUGUGGUUACUUGCAUUAUCUUUGUUUAGAGAGAAAUAUUGUUGCACAAGCAAAUUUCAAGACAUACUAUCUUCCACUUUCCAACCAGCAAAGUACAUUUAUCAGGCUUUCAGUUUUUGCCUUCCAGCUGCACUGAAACUGUUCCUCUGUACUCUUUGUUUUAAUUGAAUGAUCUAUGCCAUUUGCCAAUCAAACUGUGACUUUAUGUUGUAGGCAUUUACCACAAAACCUUGGAAUGUUGCCAUAAUUCAACAUUGUGUCCUUUUUUUGACUAUUUUUCAAUAAAAAUAAACACAAAACGAA